ACAUACAUUGCGCAUCCAAGCUCUCAGACACGAAUAGCAUGUACGCAUGAAUCGGCUGUAAGCCCAUACUAUAGUCUACUCGUGAUUCAAGAUAGGACGGUGCACCCCGUAAAUGCUCGUGGAAAAUUAUGUAAGACCAUGGGUCAUGGCAGAGGGCAUAGUUCAUACACCCGAGCUGAAGUAUCACUGUCAUUAUUUCGUUUUUGGUCAAACGGAAGGAAUGUAUGGCUGAGGUUGGUAGGUAAUGCAGGUCGAAGAAUCAGGUCUUUGAUGUGCUGCUAUAGGCUAUCAUCAACUCGAAACCCCUAAUUUGAGCUCAACAACCACAAAAGCUCAAACCGUCGCUUUGAAAAGCAUUCCAUGUUAUGGGGUGGUCUGAGUAUUCGAAUAUAAAAUAGAUUCGACAUGAAUAGAGAAAGCACGCAUUUUGAGUCCAGUAACGCAUUGGCAUUGUAAUCAGGCGCAGCACAGAAAACUGUAGCAAGUGAAUAGUGUAAUGCGCUAAUAAUCAAACUCGUUUGUUGCAAACUGGCAUUGUGAGCUAACCUGAUAAUUAUUCACAUACUCUCACAAUGCGCUGCAUGACAUUCUGUAUAAUUUGUCCGAAGUUGGUAGACUCCCGCAUGGAUCAACCAACAUACAGGAACACACAACCCAAAAGUAUGACGAACAAUAAUUCGAAAUUGAAGGGGGAACCCUCGAAAGAAGAGAGGCUUCCCGACAGCCGAGACGGGUUCAUAAUGAUCCAGCGAUUGUAUAAUGGCGGUGCCUGGAACCGGGGGAUUUUCCUGGUUGGUGACGAAGCCUCCAAGAAACUUGCAAUCUGCAAAAUGCUCUAUCCACUCAUUGGCUCACGAAACGCCUUUCGUGAAUCUGGCAUUCUCAGUCGACUGCAGGGCCACGACAACAUGGUUCAUAUGUACAGGCACUGUAUCACAUAUUCCGAAAACCGAAUUUACAUGGAAUAUUGCAAAGGAGGAGAUCUUGCGAACAUCAUAGAUGCUUACAAAGAGGCGUGUUGUCGCAUCCCGGACUCAUUUAUCUGGCAUGUAGCCGAAUCCCUGAUGCGUGCGCUCUGCACCACCCAUAUGGGUAUUUGGAAAGAAGAUCGGAUCGAGGCCCCACGGAAAGACUGGGAUCCAAUUUAUCAUGGUGAUAUUCACGAGAGGAACGUCUUCAUAACUACCCCAUUUACCGACAGCCCAUACCCACGCAUCGUCCUUGGAGAUUUCGGUAGCUCUCACCACAAUUUCGGAGAGCUAGAUAGUAACGACCAAGAGUUUGUUGAGCAGUUGCGAAAGCGAGACAUUGUUAAUUUCGGCGCCACAAUUCACGCUCUCAGGCGGGUUGGACCUGGAAAGCUGAAAUAUUCUGAUCCCGAGCUUGAUAGCUUGAUCAUACGGUGCGGAACUGGCAUGACCGACACCUCGAGAAUCAAAAUUCCAUUUGCAAAUGAGAUUUUGGGGUCUAUACUGAGAUCAAGGGAGACGGUCCGGUCUCGUAUCAAACUCGAACCGUUGAUCAAGGACUUCUGCGAUAGAAAGUUGUGA